AAGGCCCCGAUGCAAUACAGCUGGAACGUGGCAGCCUGAUUGCCCAAAAAUAAUUGCACUCUUAAGUGCUAUAACAGUGCAAUGGUUAUUGCAGGCAUCCACGGCAUCUGAAGAGCAGAUAAUGGAAGAGAUGCACUCUGCUACUGCCCAGAGCUCACUUGAAAUCCUGGACCCUGGAUAGCCAAGUCGAAUUCCAAUUAGCCUUCAAAUUCUACUUGGAUCAUAUCUCCCAUCUCCAGAUACUCGAGUUGCUUCUUAAUUAUUCAUAUAUACACGAUUGGCCUUGGUACAUCCUACACAUAGUGUUGCCGAACAUACACGGACCCUGGCGAAAAUGCACAACAACUCUACUAUCAAAGGGCGCCGGUCUCAUCGAAAGUCACGCAGCGGUUGUCAACAAUGUAAAUUGAGAAAAGUCAAGUGUGGAGAGGAGAAGCCGACAUGCGGCAAUUGCAAGAGACAUGGAGUUCAUUGCUCGUUUGCUCUCUCGACUCGAAUGGCAGAGUCAUCCCUGUUGAGUGAUCAGAACUCCUUUUCUAGCCAAACAUCCACUCCGCAAUCCGACUACAGACCAAGCAACCCCAGCUCUCCGAGCGGUGGUGCAAGUCAGCCGCAGAUGGCGGCGGCACCAGGGCCAGAGCUGGCCAUUGCCGACCUGGAGCUUCUGCAUCACUACAGUACUUCCACCGCCUAUACAUUUUCGCUUCAUCCGGUCAUCCAGACACUAUGGCGCAUCGAAGUGCCCCAAAUAGCGUUCAAGGCGCCUUAUACGCUCCGCGCAAUCCUAGCCGUGUCCGCAUUGCAUCUGGCCGUUCUACGCCCAGAAAAACAGGAACAGUAUAUUUCCCAGGCGAGCUACCAUCACGAAGCAUCCUUGAAACUCGCAACCCCAGAGAUAGCCAACAUCACAUACGACAAUUGUACUCCGUUAUUCCUUUUCUCGGCGCUUUCAUCAUUCAUCUGCUGCGCCAAGCCGCUCAAAAUGGGCAACUUCCUCCUUUGGGAAGACCACGAAAUCGCCAACUGGCUAAUGAUUAUUCGAGGCACUGGAACUAUUAUUGACUUUGCCGAGGAAUCCCUUAAGACAGGGCCAUUGCGAACAUUAUUCAGCGUGCAUCGACAACGUCAUGAUCAUUCCGAGAUUUCCGAGCCGCCAACGCAGCACCAAUUCCUCGAGGACUUUCGCCGUUUCGUCUUACAUGAGGCCGCAGAUAAUCACGAGAAGCAGGUCUAUUGUGAUGCGAUCUUCCAUCUGGGCACUUGCUUUACGAUAUGUUUUGAGAAAGGAUGGCGGCUUGAAACAUCAGACGUGUUCAGGUGGCUUCUGCGUGUUCCUCAUGACUUCCUGGUCUUUUUGAAAGAAUACCGGCCCCUUUCUAUGGUGAUUUUGGGAUACUUUUGUGUACUUAUACAUCAGUUGGAGUGGAUAUGGUGUAUGAAGGGCUGUGGUACUCAUAUCUUGUCGCAGAUUUAUAAUCAGCUCCGCGAACCUGUUUAUCGAGCUUGGCUUCAGUGGCCGAUGGAACAGAUCGGGUUUCUGCCGCCAAGGUAGUGGUUCACUAUCUAUGACGCUUUCGCAUCAACAUCUAUUAAUACGUUUGAAUUGAAUAUACAACAUUUCUCUCAGCAAAUUGAUUAGCACUGCCAAGAUGGCUACAUGGUAUUCUCUCAGUCUAACUAUCAGACUAUAACUUGGUUUUUCAAGACCCC